AGAGAAAACGCGGCGUCCCGGCUUCCGUAGGCGGAUGGCGCUGUGACCCCGGAUGUUGAUAUGCCGCCUACCCCGGAAGUGGUGGCGGGAGGCCUGAGGGGGCGGAGACCGCUUUGCCGGGCUCUCCGGAAGGAGACGUGGCGGCGGUUGGGUCCCCUGCUCCCGGGACGCUUUGUAGUCCCGCCGCCGCCGCCUCCUCCUCCUCCUCCUCCUCGUCUCUUCUGAGAGCAGAGGAGGUUGUGGCGGCGGCUGGAGAAAGCGGCGGCGGAGGAUGGAGGAAGGAGACGGCGGCGUGCGGAGUCUGGUCCCGGGGGGGCCGGUGUUACUGGUCCUUUGCGGUCUCCUGGAGGCGUCUGGCGGCGGCCGAGCGCUUCCCCAGCUCAGCGAUGAUAUCCCUUUCCGAGUCAACUGGCCCGGCACCGAGUUCUCUCUGCCCACAACUGGAGUUUUGUAUAAAGAAGAUAAUUAUGUCAUCAUGACAACAGCACAUAAAGAAAAAUAUAAAUGCAUACUUCCCCUUGUGACAAGUGGGGAUGAGGAAGAAGAAAAGGAUUAUAAAGGCCCAAAUCCAAGAGAGCUUUUGGAACCACUAUUUAAACAAAGCAGUUGUUCCUACAGAAUUGAAUCUUACUGGACUUAUGAAGUAUGUCAUGGAAAACACAUUCGACAGUACCAUGAAGAGAAAGAAACUGGUCAGAAAGUAAAUAUUCAUGAGUACUACCUUGGGAAUAUGUUGGCUAAGAACCUCCUGUCUGAAAAAGAACGAGAAGCAGAAGAAAAGGAAAAAUCAAAUGAGAUUCCCACUAAAAAUAUCGAAGGUCAGAUGACACCCUACUAUCCUGUGGGAAUGGGAAAUGGUACACCUUGUAGUUUGAAACAGAACCGGCCCAGAUCAAGUACUGUGAUGUACAUAUGUCAUCCUGAAUCUAAGCAUGAAAUUCUUUCAGUAGCUGAAGUUACAACUUGUGAAUAUGAAGUUGUCAUUUUGACACCACUCUUGUGCAAUCAUCCUAAAUAUAGGUUCAGAGCAUCUCCUGUGAAUGACAUAUUUUGCCAAUCACUGCCAGGAUCUCCAUUUAAACCCCUCACACUGAGACAGUUGGAACAACAGGAAGAAAUACUACGAGUGCCUUUUAGAAGAAAUAAAGAGGAAGAUUUGCAAUCAAGUAAAGAAGAGAGAUUUCCAGCAAUACACAAACCUAUUGCGAUUGGCUCUCAGCCAGUUGUAACUGUUGGAACAACCCACAUAUCCAAGCUGACAGAUGACCAACUCAUAAAAGAGUUCCUUAGUGGUUCGUACUGCUUUCAUGGGGGUGUUGGUUGGUGGAAAUAUGAAUUCUGCUAUGGCAAACAUGUACAUCAAUACCAUGAGGACAAGGAUAGUGGGAAAACCUCUGUGGUUGUGGGAACAUGGAACCAAGAAGAGCAUAUUGAAUGGGCUAAGAAGAAUACUGCUAGAGCUUACCAUCUUCAAGACGAUGGUACCCAGACAGUCAGGAUGGUAUCACAUUUUUAUGGGAACGGAGAUGUUUGUGAUAUAACUGACAAACCAAGACAGGUGACUGUAAAACUAAAGUGUAAAGAAUCAGACUCUCCUCAUGCUGUUACUGUAUAUAUGCUAGAGCCUCACUCCUGUCAGUAUAUUCUUGGGGUCGAAUCUCCAGUGAUCUGUAAAAUCUUAGAUACAGCAGAUGAAAAUGGGCUGCUUUCUCUCCCCAACUAAAGGAUAUUAAAGUUGAAGGAAAAAAGAUCAUUGAAUGUCCUAAUGAUUUCUUUCUGACCAUGUGUCUCAUUACAGAAUUCUCAUCCAUUGGACUUCAUGAAAUGGAUGGUAUAAUGGAUUCCCCGCCACUUUGUGAAUAUGUAUAUGUAUAUAUACAAGAGGUUAUUGAAAAACUUCUAGGGCAGACAUUUGCCUCCCUUUUUUCAUUUUUGUUGUGUCUCAUGAGCUGAUUGUGUUUUGUCUUUGCUUGGAUAAUGUGAGUACAAAAUAAACCUCAUCCAAGCAAUUUAAAGCCCAGCCUAUUCAAAUGUUGUAAUUGUUGUACUUACUGAAAGAUUUUAAAUAAUAAAUUUAUUGUGUAAAUCAUACUAUAUAUAACUAGCUAAUGAAGUAAAGAUAAUGCAGAAGGAAAUUGAUUGGAGGUUUUAAAUGAGAGACCAUGUAAAAUAUGUAAAUUCUAGUGCUUGAAAUCCUUUCAACAAAUUUUUAUGUAGCAGCUGCUCUCUGCCAGGAAUUAAACUAGAAAAUGGGCACAUAGGAGAGCCUCACCUGUGAGUUUUCUUCACCACUAUUAAUCUAAGGAUACUCUUUCAUUUGUGAAAGGUCGCUUCUCUCUAAACUUUAUCUAUUUUUCUUUUUUCUUCAUAGAAGUGUAUUUACUCCCAGAGUAUGUAUCUGGUGUAAACAGUUGGUUAGUCUUUUCUGAUUUAGAGUGGUUUACUCUAACAAAACACACUGUGCUGGUUAUCCAUUGUACCUGCCUUCUGUGUACUACAGAUCUCGGUUCUAGACAGUUUUAUGGCACAAUAUUUAUUUUAAAGAGAAUAAAAUGUUCACAAGCAGAGUUGUCAUGUAGUCAAUG